AUGGCAGAACAAGAUAUCUACGGCGGUAAACUCGCCAAUCAUUCUCCCUCCCUCCCAAAAGGCACAUUCGCCGGCUCCGGCGCCGAGCAAGACAUUUACGCCAGUAAACUAGCCGGUCACAUGCCGUCUGUUCCCCAUGGGGUAUUCGCCGGAUCUGGAGCCGAACAAGACGUCUACGGCAGCAAGUUUGCCGGACACUCUCCGUCCCUGCCUCGGGCUAGUUUCGGGCCAUCUGGCGCCGAACAAGAUGUCUACGGCUCGCAUUUCAACCGCACCGCGUAUCAGGGUCUCGGCACUAGCGUGCUGGGGCUGCUGCACUCCGCAGUCUUGCCGUCUUUUAGUCUGCAUGCUGGGUUGUCGGCAGUCGCGUAUGGGGUUUCGCGGUAUGCUGAUAGGGUUGAGGGGAAGGACGUUCUUUGGGCUUCUGGGAUGACGGUGAAUGCUUGGUGGAGUGCUAUUGGCGCUAAGUAUGUUUACGACAAUGUUGCGCCUCUUGACGCAUGGAAUGGUCUUGGAUACUCGCAGAAGCUUCUUCUUGCUGGUGUUACGGCUUGGGGAGUGAGACUUACUUCCCGUGUUGUGUCGCGAAGCUUGAAGCGUGGAAGGGAUGAUCCUCGCUAUGACGUUAAGAGAAAGGAUCCCGGGUUCUGGAACAAGGCGCUCUUUACAACUUUCUUGCCCGAGGCUGUCGCGCAGACCAUCAUCUCACUUCCAUUCACAAUUCCCUUCCGCGCUGUGGCCGAGAGCGCCGUCGCUUCACCUUUUACUUCCAACGGAUUCGUCUUCCACUCGUUAGCCAUCUUUCUGUUCAGCACCGGCUUCGCUCUUGAGACCCUGGCCGAUGCCCAGCUUGAGUCGUUCAAGAAGGACGAGACUACUCAAGGCAUCAACCGUGAAGGCGUCUGGAGCAUUGUUCGACACCCUAACUAUCUUGGCGACGUUCUAAUCCACGCAUCGUUCCCCAUUCUGCUCCUCGGCGCCGGCAUCCUCCAUCCCAUUACUGCUCUCGGCCCAAUCGCAAACUACGUCUUCCUGCGUUACAUCGGUGGUGAUAGGGAGAACGAAGAGAGUCAAGCUGAGCGAUACUCCAAGCACGACGCUGUAAAGGCACAGGAGUUUAAGGAAUACCGUCAGCAGAAGAACAGCUUUUGGCCCAAGUCGGAGGAGCUGAGAAACAGCUGGACGCUUGGAGUGUUGGGUGUUGGUAUCGCUGGAGUCGUUCUCGAGAGAGGACUUCGAAACAUGGUUUGA